GGUCUCUUUUACGAUAUUCGGCAGAUGAUAAGUUUCCUGCACGAAUACCACGGACAUCCGUUCAGGUUGGUUGAAUUGAGUGCGUUGCUGGACACAAUGAAAGAAUUGGAAGUUAGCAAGAGGAAGCAGCGUGACGCCAUGCAAGAGAAAAGCACCGGAAGCGCUCCCGAUAGCGACAGUGAUAGCAGUCAUCUUGCAAGCCCCGCCCAAGUUUCAGGAAAAGAAUUGCAGGUGAUAGCAAAGAAGCUUUUCAAAAAAGCUAAAUCCAAGGGAGCUGUAGACGAUGUAGACAGUCUAGCCAAGGCCAGUACAUCUCAUUCUGCUGAAAUGGCGUUGGCUGUAUCUCCGUCGUCUCCCAUUUUGACAAGUUUGAUAGUCGCCAAGAAGAAGCCGCAUAAACUUCACAGAGCAUUAAAUAUACUAAAAUCCGUUCGUUCCGAGGGACAGCUGCAGGGCCAGUACGAGGACUUCGAAGGGUCAAGCUCAGACCUAGACAGAUCGAUCGAUGAUGUUUCGAGCGACGUGACUGCUGACCGAAAGAGGAAAAGCAAAAAGAUGACAUUGAGGGUAAGCAUGUGAUA